CAGGGGGCGAAUUAUCGAUCGAUUUGGGCUCGACUAGCCUUCCUGAACAGACUUAACGUGCGAACUCUGAAAAAUAGAUCGAUCCAUAACACCCCAUAUUAUCCAUUCUGAUUUUAGUGUUGUUGAAACAGCAUCAUAUGGAUCGUCUGGCAUCUUUUGGAAAUGAUCCUUUCGAUAAACCACCAUGCAGAGGCUGCUCAUCAUAUCUGACCGAGCCGUACAUCAAGUGUGCAGAAUGUGGACCUUCGCCUUUUUUACUCUGCCUCCAGUGUUUCACCAGAGGAUUUGAAUACAAGAAGCAUGAGAGUGAUCACAAGUAUGAAAUCAUGACAUCAGACUUUCCUGUACUGGAGCCUGGAUGGACAGCACAGGAAGAGAUGGCCUUGUUGGAAGCAGUAAUGGACUGUGGCUUUGGAAACUGGCAGGAUGUGGCGUAUCAGAUGCGCACUAAAACCAAAGAGGAAUGCGAGAGCCACUACAUGAAGAAUUUCAUCAAUAACCCGCUCUUCUCCUCCACCUUGCUCAGCCUGCGGAAAACAAAAGACUCUCGCUUUGCGGAGGGCGCGAUACCUUUCAAACCCACCGAUGAUCCCCCUCGGCCUACGUUUGACUCUGUGCUGUCUCGAGACAUGGCUGGAUACAUGCCUGCCAGAGCAGACUUCAUGGAGGAGUUCGACAACUAUGCAGAAUGGGAUUUGAAAGACAUUGACUUUGUGGACGAUGACUCAGACAUCCUACGUGCACUCAAGCUUUCAGUUGUUGAUAUAUAUCAUUCAAGAUUAAAGGAGAGACAGCGGAGGAAAAAGAUUAUCCGAGACCACGGACUGAUCAACUUGCGGAAAUUCCAGAUGCUGGAGCGAUGCUACCCAAAGGAGGUGCAGGAGCUGUAUGAUGUCAUGAGACGGUUCGCCAGAGUGGUUGGACCGAUCGAACAUGACAAAUUCAUCGAAAGUCACGCACUGGAGUUCGAGCUGAGGAGAGAGAUCCGCAGGCUGCAGGAGUACAGGAAAGCAGGGAUCAAGUCUUUCUGCAGUGCCAAGGUGUACGAGCGAGUGAAGCGAAUGCGGGAUGAAGAGCGGAGGAAGAGGACGAUGUUGUGUGACGUGCUGCAGUACAUCCAGGAUGGCAGAGCCUGCCAGCAGUGGCUCAGCAAACAGGCUGCAAUAGAUGCUGGCAUCACUCCAGCCGUCACAACGAUCACAGUUUCAGCAACAGGUAGGCGGAGCGCUCCUCCCCUCAACCUGACCGGACUGCCGGGAACAGAGAAGCUCAAUGAGCGGGAAAAAGAGCUAUGCCAGGUGGUGCGGUUGGUGCCAGGGGCCUACCUGGAAUAUAAGCAAGCCUUGCUGAACGAGUGCAGACGGCAGGGUGGGCUGCGGCUGGCGCAGGCCCGAGCGCUGAUCAAGAUCGACGUCAACAAGACACGCAAAAUCUAUGAUUUCCUAAUCAAGGAGGGCUACAUUACGAAGGCCUAGGAGCCUUUGGUUUGACCACAGAGGACAGUGGAUUGUGGUCAGUGGUUCGUUUUACUUUAAUCUUGUAACUUUGUAAGCGUGUGUCGUAAGAGGUCUAGAUUGUUGCUGCUCCUUUCGUAUAUUUUAACAUUUGUAAGGUCCUGUUUUGUUUUUGAGUCUUAAAUGUAUAAAAAUGACAAAUCUCCUUGUAUAAUUCUCUGUCAGAAGAACAGGGGCUCAUAUUAAAAUGAGAAUGUAUUUAUUUCUCCUGUCAUAAAAUGUUUACGAAAAAAUAA